GUAAGACUCAAAUCCUGUCCUCCGCUGUCGUAGUUACAGACGAUAGUGCGGGAGUGUGGAUCGUUCAUUUUUUGGUUUUAUCCACAAUAGUUAGAGGUCCCGCUCUGUCCCUGGCCCUUCAUCCUGCUAGCGAUUUGAGGAAGGCAGAAAGAGAAACUUAAAAGAUCCUGAAAAGAUGGCCACUAGAAAGGUAGCUGAAUUUGGAAAGAAGCUGAUCCGUAGACAGAAGAUGGACUGCAGCAUGGAAGAGACCCGCUUUGCCCGCUGCCUGACCACCCUAGACCUCAUUGCCCUGGGGGUGGGCAGCACUCUUGGUGCAGGGGUCUAUGUGUUAGCAGGGGAGGUAGCCAGGGACAAAGCGGGUCCUGCUAUUGUGCUCUCCUUCCUGAUUGCUGCAAUUGCCUCCGUACUUGCAGGGCUCUGCUAUGCUGAAUUUGGUGCCCGGGUCCCCAAAACUGGAUCUGCCUACUUGUACAGCUAUGUCACUGUUGGAGAAAUUUGGGCAUAUAUCGCAGGAUGGAAUCUAAUACUUUCUUAUGUAAUAGGCACAGCGAGUGUUGCCAGAGCAUGGAGUUCAACUUUCGACAAUCUGGUUGAGAAAAAAAUGUCAAGCUUCUUCGAAGGACACAUCUCUAUGGAUGUACCAGGUGUUCUAGCAAAAUAUCCAGAUAUAUUUGCUGUGGUACUGAUUAUGCUGCUGACAGCCUUGUUGGCGUUUGGUGUCAGUGAAUCUGCGUUGGUUAAUAAGUGCUUCACUGCGAUAAAUUUGCUUGUUCUUUCUUUUAUCAUCAUUUCUGGAUUUAUUAAAGGAGAUUUCAAGAACUGGAAACAGAAACAGGAUCACUCCAGUGACAACAUGGCCAACUCCACUGUCAGAAACUCCAGGUAAACAGCCUAUGAUAAUGAAGUU